AUGCUUAGCAUCAAACAUCUCGAAGUGAUUCCGUUGAACGUCCCGUUCUAUCACGAACGGGUCAGCCGACACAUGCACCGCGCCUUGACACACGGGGAACGGGUUCACGUUUACCGGGUCGAACUCAGUAACGGCGUUGUCGGAUACGGCGAAAAUUUAGCAGAUGAAUCGGCAAAUAUUGAACAGUUGGUUGGACAGAACGCGUUUGCAUGUAUGAACGACGACAGCAUCGGGUUUGGCAUCCAGAUGUCGCUUUUCGACGCAGUCGGUAAAUCCGUAGAUGUGCCAGUCCACCAACUCAUCGGACCUAAGGUUCGUGAUAGGUGUCCUAUUUCGUGGUGGGACAUCGAUAUGCCGCCAGAAGACUGGGUUUCGGAAGUCCAAGAAUCGGUCAAACGGGGUUACACGUCUGCGAAACUGAAAGCGCGUCCGUGGCGAGACAUCUUCGCGCAGGUGAACGCUGUCGGCGAUGCCGUGCCAGCAGAUUAUCGGCUCGAUAUUGAUUUCAACGGGUUUCUGCGGACUGCGGAUAACGCGAUCCCCGUGUUGCAACAAUUAGAUGAACACCCGAACGUCGCAAUAUACGAGAGUCCGUACUAUCUCGGCACGGACGUAGAGGGUGCGGCGAGGCUACAAGCGGCUGUUCAGAAUCGGAUUGUCGAGCAUUUCAACGAAUCGUGUUUGCAUGCGCGCUGUUGCGGUGGGUUCGUUGUCGGCGGCAGCGUGAACUCGCUCCUGCGGACAAACGCGCUCUGUGCUUCGUUUGCGCAACCUUACUGGCUCCAGAUGGUCGGCACGGGUAUCACAACGGCAUACUCGGUGCAUCUCGGUGCGGUGUUAUCGCAAGCAGAAUUGCCAGCGAUUACGUGUCACGAGUUGUGGGAAUCGGAUCUGCUCGAAACGCGGCUCGCUGUUGUCGAUGGGACAAUUCAGGUUUCGGAUGCACCGGGGUGGGGAUUACGGUGGAUGAGAAUGCCCUGA